AUGAAGAUCCUCAUAUUCCUGUCAUUUGUUGGCGCAGCAUUUGUUGCAGCUGAAGAUCAGAAAGUUGUCGGAGGAUAUGAGUGCCCCAGACACUCCGUUCCCUACCAGGUGUCUUUGAACGCUGGGUACCACUUCUGUGGGGGAUCUCUCAUCUCAAGCCUGUGGGUUAUUUCUGCCGCUCACUGCUACAAGUCCGGCAUCCAGGUGCGUCUUGGUGAGCACAACAUCGCUGUAAAUGAAGGCACCGAGCAGUGGAUCUCCGCCUCCAAGCUGAUCAAGCAUCCUCAGUACAACAGCUACAACCUGGACAACGACAUCAUGCUGAUCAAGCUGAGCCGGCCCGCCACCAUCAACAGCUACGUCCAGACUGUGUCCCUGCCUAGUCGCUGUCCAGUGGCUGAUGAGAACUGCCUGGUGUCCGGGUGGGGCAACACCUCCCCCAGUGGAAGCAACUACCCAGACAGACUUCAGUGUUUGAAACAGCCCAUCAUUGACCACCGUAUCUGCAGGAAUGCAUACCCACACCUCUUCACUGACAACAUGGUGUGCUCUGGAUUCAUGCAUGGAGGCGCCAGCAGCUGCCAGGGUGACUCCGGUGGUCCGUUGGUGUGCGGCGGUCAGCUGCAGGGAGUUGUCUCCUGGGGUUAUGACUGCGCCAUGCAGGGACACCCCAGCGUCUACGCCCGUGUGUGCCGCUACAACAGCUGGAUCAACUCCACCAUGCGCAACAACUGAAUUCACCUUUCCAUUCAUGUAUCAGCAAC